UGAAGACGACUUUGAAGUCAUGUUACAAGCAUUUAGUAUAUGGUAAAAAUUGUUUUGUCCAUGUGCCUACAGACUAUAUUCCCGCAUAAUUCAGAAGCCACGAACCGAACUAAUUGGGAAUCGUGGCCAAAAUCAAAACACCCGGAUCAGCUUUCAAUGGCUUAUGAAGUUCAAUUCGAGUUGCAAUAUGAGCCUGUUUAUGUAGCCGACAAUCGAGUGCCAGCCUUUGAUGAACGAUUUCAAGGUUACGGAGACACCAGAUGGACUCAGGCCUACGAAACCUACGUAGCUGGGUACUCAUUCAGGGUACUGGACGAUGCGUUUCUGGUUCACUGGGGUUUUCAGUACGCAGGUAGGAAACCUCAGUGGCGGGAAGAUCAGCAGAAGGCCAAUCACUGGCGCCUCAGGGGAUUCGGGGAAGAUCUCAAACUGAAAUACGGAAAAGACCCCUUGGAUCUGUUUAGUUUUGCAUUGUCGUCGGAAACGCUUAUGAGGAAUUCUUCCAGAAUCGGUGUC